AUGAAGCACCAUAAUCAGCAGAAGAGGAAGAAGAAGCGGUCGUGCGCUGCAAAACCCUCCGGUGAUGGAGCGGCGCCUGACGGGAACAAAAAAGACUUGGAGGAAGAGAGGCGUAAGGACGGUGAAGGAAGCAAGGAGUCGGAAAAAAUCGAAAAAAAAGUUAUCGAGUCGUUAAUGGAGGCCUUUUGCUCGGUGUCAAUGGAGGAAGCGAAGGCUGCUUACAAAGAGGCAGGCGGAGAUCUGAACAAAGCCGCGGAGAUUUUAUCGGAUCUGGUGGAAAGCGUCGAUGAUCCGUCCACGAGUUCGGUCACGAGUGGGUCUUCGGGUCAGGAAACCGGGUCAACCUCUGAGUACGGGGCUGGGUCAAGCUCUAGCUGCAGCGAGGAUCUGACGAGAGAGAGGUGGCUUAAGGGAAACAAGCAGAAUAGAGUUAUCGCUGCCACAGGGAUGGUGUCUUCGGUGAUUGCGAAGGACUACUUGAAGCCAAAUCCUGUGAAGAAAGAUUUUCCUUUGAUGGAAAGGUCUAAAGAGCUCAGUAAGCAUGGGAAAAAAGCUGCUGAUAGAGAGAAAGCUGAACAGUUUCUAAAUUCAAUGCUUGGAGAUGACUGCGAGCUUAGCAUGGCUGUGGUGAGAGAUGUGCUGUGUCAAUGUGGCUACGAUGUCGACAUGGCCUUGAAUGUCUUGCUUGACAUGUCUUCUUCAUCAACUGAUGAUUCAUUAAGUGGUAGAUGCUCCGGCAUAGUAUUCAGCGAUAGUCAGCUGGCAGAGACAUCAGUUGAUACUGAUUCUUCUGAAAGUGAACUAAGUUUCUGGGGUGUAGACUAUAGUCAAAGGGAUUACUCAAAAGCUCUCAUGAGUUCUGAAGAUCCUUUUGCUACUAACCAAGGAAGUAAUGAGCUUUGCCUUCCUCAAAAAGUGUUGGAGUCUCUGUUCCACAUUCCCCAAAGUGCUAAACAGGAACCAAAGACAAUGAGUUGGAGGAAUGUCGCAAAGAAAAUGCAGUCACUUGGCAUUGAUGCUUCUUCAUCUACUGGAGAAGGGUUUCAGCCUGCUACUCUUGUGAAGGAUGACGGAUAUCAUGAACUUAGAAAAGGUGCAAGUGACCAGUGGGAUGUUACGAAGUCCUACUAUCAAAAAGCUGCAGAAGCAUAUUCGAAAGGAGGCAGGGCUCAUGCGGCUUACCUUUCUGACAAGGGGAGAACGGCAUUGAAAUUAGCUCAAAAGGCAGAUGAGAGGGCAAGCCAGGAUAUCUUUGUUGCGAGGAACAAGGGUAUAGAGAAUGUGAUAACCAUUGAUCUGCAUGGUCAGCAUGUUAAACAAGCAAUGAAGCUACUGAAGAUGCAUCUCUUACUCGGAGCAUAUGUCCCUUCCAUUCAGACACUACGAGUGAUCACAGGAUGUGGGGCUUCAGGGUUUGGAAAGUCUAAGGUGAAACUAUCGGUGACAAAGCUGCUAGAAAGAGAAGGAGUUAGCUAUUGUGAAGAGAACAGAGGGACAUUGCUGAUCAAGCUUGAGGGAUGUAGCAGAGAGUUCAGUUUCUUAGACACCGAGAGUGACACCGAGUAA